AUGGACCUCAUAAGACGGAUAUUGCAUGGUGGUGAGCCAUCUUUCACACCUAUACCUGGGGAAUUCGCUAGUGAAGGAGAGUCUGCUAAUGAGGGGCGGACCACUCACUCGAGCGAGUCUCAGCGAUUGAUAUCCAGAAAGAGGUUCUUCGGCCUAGUACUACAGACCCCAUUUGUGCUCCUGUAUUAUGUCAUGAACUUAAUCAUACUAUUACUUUCCUUAGUGUCGCCAUUGUGCGCGAUUGGUGGGUAUUACAAGAAGAGACACAGACGACCUACAGAUCCUAAAAGUCGGUUGAAUAACCUUAUGGAAUGUUUAAAUGGCGAAUCUCAGAGAACUUUCAAGCAGAAUGUGACGGAAGAAGGGGAUGCAACCUACAGUUUUGGAUCCUUGUACAAUCUGGAAAAUGGUAGCCUGAGUCAGGAUAUUCUGCAAGGUAGUUACACAGAGCUGCUGACUGCCUGCUCAGAACAAUGCAAAUUUGCCAUAAUAUACCUGCACGAUCCUUUGUUAGACAAUAGUAUGGAAUAUGUGAAUAAUGUGCUCUGUUCCGAGAGGUUCACAACUAUGAUUAAGAAAUAUCAAAUACUAUUAUGGUUCAGCGAUGUCACGACUUCAGAGGGUUUACAAGUAGCCAAUGCUCUAAGAGUGAGGCAAUUUCCAUUCCUUGGUGUACUGUGUCUGAAAGCUGAGAAGAAGAUUGAAGUAAUUGGCAGAAUGGAGGGAGAUCUAAAUAGCUACGGACCAAAUCAUCUAGACAACAUUCUGUCGAAGGGAUACUCGCGCUUGAUACAAGUAAGGCAACAAAGACAAAAUAUAGCUCUUCAAAGGAUUAUCAGAGAGCAACAAGACAGUCGUUUUGAGGAGUCGUUAUCUGUUGAUCGGCAACGUGAGAGGGAACGUCAAGCACAGAUGGCCAGGGAGACUGCGCAACAAGAACGGGAGAGACAAAGAAAACAAUGGCUGCUCUGGAAAAAGACCCAGUUGCAUCCAGAGCCUUCAAACGGCGCUGACGCAUGUCGUGUUGCCAUACGACUUGAAGACGGGGGAAGAAUAGUAAGAAAGUUCGAUGCUUCUUUGACAAUCGAUGAAAUCUACGCUUACGUAGAACUUUACAAUGAGGGACUACUAGAUUCUGCAGAGACGUCAAAUGGACCUCCACAGGCUUACGAUCACUCGUACAAUUUCCUAUUAAUCACACCAGUGCCGAGAAGAGAAUUGAGUCCGACGACCAUUAUACGCGACGAAUCUGGGCUGUAUCCCUCAGGAAAUAUCGUAAUGGAGACAUUAGCGUGA